CCCAAGUGCAAGCAAUCCCGUGUGCUCAACCCUUAUUGCAAACGCAUUGUCACGGUGCGCGAACUCGCUCGGUCACAAGGCUUUCCCGACAAGUUUGUGUUCCAAGCGGAAAAUGAUCGUGUCAUGACGAUGCACAGGCAGAUUGGUAAUGCCGUGCCAUGGCCGGUUGCAAUGGCAAUCGCCGCGAGUUAA